AUGCCGCUUGCACAUCUUGGCCAACCAUUCCUGAAGGCAAGCGAUGUCACGAAUGAGUUAAAGUGCAUAUCUAUAGAUGACGCACCGGAUGUUGGCUGUCAAAAGGUCGAUGUUGCCGAAGUUGAAGUGAAUAUUGAAAAACUAGCCCACAAUACAGAAAAAGUCGAUCCAUCAUGUUUUGAUCUGCUUUACGUCAUUGGUCAAGGGUCUUUUGGGAAGGUAUUUCUUGUGAGGAAAAACAAUGGAAAUGAUAAAGGAACUUUGUAUGCAAUGAAAGUACUAAAGAAGGCUGUUUUGAAAGUUCGUGAUAGAUUGAGGACAAAGCUAGAAAGAGAUAUUUUAACUAGAAUUAAGCAUCCAUACAUUGUUGAUUUGCAUUAUGGGGAUCUUUUCUCCCGCUUGUCCAAAGAGUACAUGUUUACAGAAGACGAUGUGAAAUUCUAUUUGGCUGAAAUCGCAUUGGCUCUCAACUAUUUACAUAGUCACGGGAUAGUUUACAGAGACCUAAAACCUGAAAAUGUUCUACUGAAUGAAGAUGGUCAUGUACGUUUAACUGAUUUUGGCCUAUCAAAGGAGUCAAUUUUUGAAUCUGCUGGUGAUCGAACGUAUUCAUUUUGUGGAACAGUUGAAUAUAUGGCUCCAGAAGUUGUAAGUAGACAUGGACAUGGUACUGCUGCCGAUUGGUGGAGUUUCGGAGUACUUAUGUACGAAUUACUUACUGGUAUGCUGCCUUUUCAUAGUGAGAGUAGAAAAGAUACAAUGCAAAUGAUUUUAAAAGCUAAAUUAUCAAUGCCACAGUUUCUUAGUCCUUCAGCUCAAAGUUUACUACGUGCUCUUUUCAAACGAACUCCAUCGAAUCGGCUAGGAUAUGGACCUGAUGGAUCUGAACAUUUAAAAAAUCAUGAAUUUUUCAAUACAAUCAAUUGGGAUGAUUUACUAAAUGGUUGUAUUCAACCACCAUUUAAACCUCCUUGCUCAUCAAUUAAUGACAUCCUAAAUUUCGAUUCAGAAUAUACAUCACGUACACCACAUGACUCGCCAUGUCCACCAGCCAGUGCAUCAGCGCAUGCGUUAUUUCGUGAAUUCAGUUAUAUAGCUCCUGGAUUUUUUGCAGAGCAUAAUGAUAAUCAUAAUACCACAACUACAAAUAAUUGCAACAACCAUGUUAACCUUAAUAAAGAAGUAUUGAAUGGAACAAAUAUCACUUGUUUGAGUUCACCGAAAGAAAAAUUCAAUUAUAGUUCUCGACACGAUGAUGAUCGUGCAAAUCCAGUACAUGUUCCAGAAGAUCUUCCACCCUUAACUCCUACAGUGGCAAGACGUUUUCUUCGCUUAGUUGGCUUGUCAGGUGUAAAAUAUAAACCAUUUUCAGUCGAUUAUGUCUUAUUAGAGGAAAUCGGUAAAGGCUCUUUUUCAGUUGUACAUAAGUGCUGUCAUCGAAAUACAAAUGCUGUUUGCUCUGUUAAGAUUAUUGAUAAAUCAAAACGGGAUGCCCGUGAAGAAGUUGAAAUAUUGCUUAGACACCAUAAUCAUCCAAAUAUUGUUUCCGUUCGAGAUGUUUAUGAAAAUGAGAAUUUAGUUUAUCUUGUUAUGGAAUAUUUAAAAGGUGGUGAAUUAUUGGAUAAAAUUUUCCGAGAAAAAUUUCUUUCUGAACGUGAAGCUAGUAAUAUCACUUAUGUGAUUGCAAAUACUUUAAGUUAUUUACACAGUAAUAUGGUUGUCCAUCGUGAUCUUAAACCAUCCAAUGUAUUAUAUGCAGACGAUUCUGGUGAUGCAUCUUCCCUGAGAAUAUGUGAUUUUGGUUUUGCAAAACAAUUGAGAGCUGAAAAUGGUCUUUUAAUGACACCGUGUUAUACUGCAAAUUUUGUCGCACCAGAAGUGUUAAAAAUGCAAGGUUAUCAUGCUGCAUGUGAUGUAUGGAGUUUAGGUGUAUUAGUGUAUACAAUGUUAUUUGGACAAACACCAUUUGCAAUUAAACCAAAUGAAUCAUCUGAAGUAGUUUUAUCACGUAUAGAAUCUGGUCGAUUAGAUUUAAUCAAUAAUAAUUGGAAUAAAAUAUCUGAUUCAGCAAAAAGAAGUUGA